UAACACUAUUGAAGAGUCCAAUCUGAAAGUAUUUUAGACUGUAUAUACAUAUAUAUUGGAGAAAAUUGUGCAGAAUAAUAAACAAAACAUAAGAGACAAUUGCACAAAAUAGGACAAAGAUGGUGAAGAGCAAUAAAAGAUGUGGAGAAUAAUACAAAAUAAGAAAGAUUUGUAGAGAAUGAUACAUUUAUAAUAAAUUCUCCUUCCAAAAAUAUUAGAGACAACUGUAGAGAAAUUGUCAGUGGUGUGAAGUGGAAAUGUGAAGCGAUAGGAAAGCAGAUGUUGUGAUACAAAGUGAUUGUUUGUGAAUAUAUUAUGUUCAUUUUGAUUAUAUAAAAUGUAAUACAUUUUAAAAAAUGCGUUGUGAUUGGAUAGUAUCUUAAGCCAAAAUAAGGAAAAAAGGAAAGGAAAAACUUAGUUGUCCAUUUCUUUAAAAACGUCCAAGGCCAUGUCCGGGUCUUAGUUCCAGAUAUUUUAAUAGCCAACAGAAACAUUUUUUUAACUGAUGCAUAAUUCAUUUACUCCCAACGAAUUCCUUCUGUCCCGUUGGAAGAGCACAUCAGAAUGGAGAGCCGCUCACAACCCGCUAAUGGUGACAGUAAGACAGACGUGACUCAUGACCUCACUGAAGUUCUCAGUCAGCAGCUGGAGGACAUCAUCAGCACUUAUCAGACGACCGACCGACCCGCUGAACCCGAGGACGCUGAGGAGGGCACCAUCGCAGACGAGAAGGAGCCAGGAAAACCUAAAGACCAGAAGCUGGAAAAGAAGAUGCUGAAAGGUCUCGGGAAGGAAGCCACGCUGCUCAUGCAAAGCCUGAAUAAACUGGAUACCCCGGAGCAGAAACUGGAGGCUCUCAUCAAAAAACACGCUGAACUGCUGCAAGAGCAUCGAUCUGAUCAGAAACAGUUGAAGGUUCUGCAAAACAAACUUCUCCAGGUGAUGAAGGAGAAAGAUCAGCUCCAGAGCGAGCACAGCCGAGCCGUACUGGCCCGCAGUAAACUGGAGGGCUUGUGCCGAGAGCUGCAGAGACACAACAAGACGUUAAAGGAAGAAACUCUACAGAGGUGCCGUGAAGACGAUCUGAAGAGGAAAGAAAUCACCACACAUUUCCAGAGCACCCUGACAGGAAUCCAGGUUCAGAUCGAGGAGCACAGCAGCCGAAACGACAAACUGUGCAAAGAAAACAGCGACCUGGCUGAGAAACUCAAAGAUCUCAUUUCCAAAUAUGAUCAACGAGAAGCGAAUCUGGAGAAAGUGUUCAAGCACAGAGACCUGCAGCAGAAAUUGCAGGAGACGAAACUCGCACAGGCCAACAUGCUGCUUAAAGCUGCUCAGGAGAAACACAAACUAGAGAAGGAACAUUUACUGAAGCAGACUGCAGAAGCCAAACUACAGGUUAAACAUCUGAGAGAACAAGAGAAUGACAUGAAGACCCAGCUUGCUCUGUAUUCGGAGAAGUUUGAUGAAUUUCAAGGAACAGUAUCUAAGAGCACUGGUGUGUACGCCAGCUUCAAACAGGACAUGGAUAAGAUGGCAAAGAAGAUGAAAAAGUUGGAGAAAGAGGCGGUGACCUGGAAGUCCCGUUUUGAUGGCUGUAAUAAAGCUCUGCUUGACAUGGUGACAGAUAAAGCCAUUAAAGAGAAGGAGUUUGAACUCCACACCUUGAAGACCCAGAAACUGGAGAAGCUCUGUAGGGUGCUUCAGGAUGAGAGAAAGACCCUGCAUGAGAAGCUUCAAAAGUCUACGGCCGACACGACGGUCUCUACUGAGACGGUGGGAGAUGCAGAAGCCACGGAAGAGAAAGUGGUACCCUCAACAGAAGCGGUCACACAAGAUGCCCCUACCCAACCGACCUGCUCGUCCCCUGCGCCCGAGACGCCUCUGACCCACGAGCUCGCCAGUCUGAAGACUGAGAAAGCUCGGCUUCAGGAGCUGGCUGCAUCUUUCACCAUCCGCCGUCACCUGCCACCAGAAGCGUACGAGGAUGACAGCUGUGAGCGUUCUGAGAGCACAGACGUCACUCGGGAUUUAGACGCCGACAUCCAGCAGAACUUUGCACAGGAGACAGACGACACACUGUCUGAAGAACAUCAAGAGAUCAGAGAUAAAGAUAUGGAGUCGGUUGAUUAGAUCACAUUCACAAAUAAAGUUCAUAUAGAGAAACUUUACUAUUGCCUCUUAGAUUUAAUAGUGAGUUGUCUUAAACAGUCUCAUUUUGGGCUGGAUUGUAAAAGGGAUCCACUGCUUUGAGCGCAUUCCACUCACCAAAAUAAAGUUGAUUUUAAAAUCACAUAUGAU